AUGCAUUCCACCUUUGAGGCCGUAACGCGGUCUAGGUUCUCAUUGGAUGACUGCCCUCGGAUCGGGCCAUUUGCAUUCCAUAAUCUUGAUUCCAAUGAUGACACUUGGGCUCGUGAAGAUGAGUUGGCGAUUACUUCAUACAACUACAGGGCAGUACCCAAACAUGUGGACUCUGCGGAGGUCUUUUCCAGUACGGGUGAGAGGCUGACCGCUGAUCCUCUUGACACCAGUAGUCGUCUUAAUGACGAUUUUCGUUCCUGGAAGCUUGCUUUGAACUGCCCUGUACCCCGUUCGAUUCCGAAUUUGGACCAUAAAAAAGGCACGACUACGUUGGGUUUUAUGUUCAACGGUGGCGUCGUCAUCGCAGUGGAUUCCCGUGCUACACAAGGGCAAUAUAUUGCUUCACAAACGGUCAUGAAGGUGUUAGAGAUUAACGAAUAUCUGCUUGGUACCAUGGCUGGUGGUGCAGUCGAUUGCCAGUACUGGGAGAGAGUGUUGGGGAUGGAGUGUCGUCUAUGGGAGCUUCGCAAUGGCAGUCGGAUCACCGUUGCCGCUGCAAGUAAGAUUCUCGCCAAUAUCACGUACUCGUAUCGCAACCACGGGUUGUCGAUGGGCACCAUGGUGGCUGGAUGGGACCAAUUCGGACCUGCUUUGUACUAUGUUGAUGAUAAGGGCACCCGUGUGAAGCACAAUAUUUUUAGCGUCGGCUCUGGUUCUGUCUAUGCGUAUGGUGUAUUGGAUGCGGGCUAUCGCAACGAUUUGACUUUGGAGGAAGCCUUCGACUUGGCCCGGCAGUCGAUCUUCUAUGCUACCUACCGUGAUGGUGCGUCUGGUGGUAUUGUAACUGUCUAUCACGUACACGAUAAGGGCUGGACACAGAUAUCCCGAGAUGAUCAGACAAAGCUUUACGAUCGCUAUCACGCUGCAAAGUAA